AUGGUGUUUGAUCUAAGUAAUCUUGAAUAUCUUGCGCUAACCAAUAGUAGUAUUGAAGGUGCAAUAUCGAGUAAGAUCGGAAACAUAACAAACCUUAAAUAUCUCUAUCUUUUUGAUAAUAUGCUUUCUGGAAAGUUACCAAAUUUAAUUGGAAAGUUAAAGAAAUUAGAAUAUCUUUAUCUCUCAAAUAAUCUAUUUGAUGGGGAAGUAUCUGAAUUAUUCAACGGUAGGAGUAAUUUCUUUAAAGCAGAAAUGGGAAAUAGUUCUUCUCUGAGUUAUUUGUAUCUAGGCUACAAUAAACUCACUGUAACUCUUCCAAAAAGUCUUGGCCAACUUUCAGUGCUAGAAGAACUUUACAUCCAUCACAAUAGGUUGGAAGGUGUUGUAACAGAAAGUCAUUUCUCCGAAUUAACACAAUUAAAGAUCUUCUCUGCAUAUAGAAAUAGUCUGACUUUAAAAGUGAGUGGAAAUUGGAUUCCUCCUUUUCAAUCCAGGGACAUUGAAAUAGGCGGCUGGAAUAUAGUGGCUCCGAACUCAGAAGAUGAUAACGCGAAACCAAUUUGUUGUGAGAUUCCAAUCAUCUCAACAGCUUCUUGGUUAGUUGGAAAUGGAGAUGGUUUACAUAAUCCUGGGUUCAUGUACUUGGGUUUCAACAAAUUUAGUGGGCCACUACCGUUGAUUCCAACCACUGUAACUGAGCUAGAUCUCUCGAACAAUUCUUUUUCAAAAGGUUUAUCUAAUUUUUUGUGUGAAUCAAAGGAUGGAUCAUACAAUUUGGAUUAUUUAAAUCUUGGGGAGAAUGAUUUGUCAGAAGAAAUUCCUGAUUGUUGGAUGAAUUGGCCAAGGUUGAGAGUUUUAAUCUUGAGGGACAAUAACUUGAUUAGUGGCAUACCAAGAUCCAUGAAGGUUUUGAGUAAUAUGCAAUCCUUGGACUUCCGAAGAAAUAGACUUAAUGGUCUAUUUCCUUCAUCCUUGGGAAACUGCACAAAAUUGCACAAAAUAGAUUUAGCUGAGAAUGAGUUUGUUGGGAAAUUACCAUCUUGGUUGGGAUUGAGGUUUCCAACCUUGAUAUUCCUUAUCCUUCGGUCCAAUAAAUUUGAUGGUGAGUUGCCUCAAGAACUUUGUCACCUCAAAGAUCUUCAGAUCUUAGACCUUGCAAACAAUGCAUUUGUUGGAAUCAUACCAAGGUGUAUUGGCAAUUUUAGUGCAAUGGUCAAAGGAAAAAAGGACGUGGAAGAUUAUGAGUUAUAUUAUUCAUUUAUUGUUGGAGUUCAAAGAGAGAGUGCAAUGGUGAUGACUAAAGGCAACAUGUACCAGUAUGACACCAUUUUGGCGUUGUUUACAAGUAUGGAUAUGUCUAGCAAUAAUCUUUCCGGAGACAUUCCUGUAAGUCUAAUACGUCUUGCAGGAUUAAGAUCAUUUAAUAUUUCAAAAAAUAAUCUAAUUGGUAGAAUUCCAAAUGACGUUGGUGACAUGAAAGUAUUGGAAUCUGUUGAUAUUUCAGAAAAUCAGCUUUAUGGUCAAAUCCCACGAAGCUUUUCAAGUUUGUUCACUUUGAGCUACUUGAAUCUAUCUGAUAACAAUUUAUCAGGUAUGAUACCAUUGAGCACUCAACUUCAAAGCUUUGAUCCCACGAGUUUUCAAGGAAACAAACUCUGCGGGAUUCCACUCUUGGUGAACUACAGUUCAGGUGGUAAAACUCCAAAUCAUGAGUAUGAAGAAGAUGAGAGUGACAAAGAUGAAGUGGAUUGGUUCUACAUUUCAAUGGCAAUAGGAUUUUCACUAAGCUUUUGGGGUGUAAGUGGUUCACUGCUUUUCAAGAGAUCGUGGAGACAUGCUUAUUUUCGUUUCUUAGACCAUAGUUGGGAAAUGUUGCUUGCAAAGGCUCCGAUAUGUUGA